UCCCGUGUCGUCCGGGAGACCGGUUGCCAAGCGACGCGGGACGCGGAGCCCGGGGUCCCUGAGUGCCUGGCCCAGGAGAUCCCAGGCGCCAUGGCACAGAAACCUCUGAGCACCGCGGCGGCUGAGCGCAUGAACCUGGUGGCCCAGGACGAGAUCUGGAGAUACCGCCUGAAGGCUGAAUCCGAGGCGCGGCAGAACUGGGCCCAGAACUGGGGGUUUUUAACGACCCCGCUGGAGGAGUUGCUCCAGGGUGAGGCAGAAGCCCCCUCUCCGAAGCCCAAGGUCGAGCUUCCCGAGCGCUUCCGCAUCCGCCCAGGGACGCCCGUGGAGAAAUACAUCAAGGUCCUCCCGUCUCCCCCAGUCCCGCAGACCACCCAAGGCUUCAUCGGCUGGAGGUCCGGGGUGCCAGGCCUCAACAAGUGCCUGGAACUCGACUGUGAGAUCAGAAGCUGCAAAGGGGCCUACGCCCGAGAGCUGGGCUGGCCCAAGCAGGGCAUCCACUGAGCCGCCCAGGCUGCGGCCCCUGGGCACCCAGGCCAGGCCUGGCAGAGGAAGAACUGUCCAGCGUCCCGGAUGACGGAGCCCUGGCCUGGGUGCUCAUGAGAUGUGGCAAAGCACACAGAGGACGCCUGACACAUUCUCAUCAGUGCCUCCCUUCUAGAAUGUUCUCGGAACACACUUAUUCUCGGCUAACAUAAUGAAUAAAGCAAAAAUAGAUUCUCUGUUA